AUCCACGGCAUAUAUAUGUGGUUAUAAAAUAAACGCGUCAAGCCGCGUACUACUAGGUGUUCUGAAGAACGGACCGAGGUGGAACGAGGUCUGAAUUUUUGGAUAAAACGAGAUAGAAGGCACGAGCAGACUUGAAAACUUGGAAUUCAUUCUCACGUUUCCAGGCUCAUCACUAAAUCGUGGCCAUCACGACUGUCCUUUUCGACGCCGAUAUCAUAGCUAUGCUCAAAGAGAGUAAACCUCAAUCUCUACGAUUUGACCACAGGGAAGUUCCGUCUUCUAGAUCUAGCAUCGCUCUUUAGAUUCUGGUCUACUAUUUUUGCGUCUACUCGUCUCUGUGGUUUUGAAAGCCCACGCCUGUCCCAGCCCACUUUAGUUGAAGUUCAAGUGCAAUUUUUGGUGUAAUCUCCAAUUAACAUCGUGAUUUGUCGUUCUACUUUUUGACAAAGAUAAUUCUUAUGCUUUGAUUCAGAAAGUAUUCGCUUUACUUCGCAUACUAUUCAGAUUUUCAUUCUUCGUGAUUUCGCGACGUCAUCUGCCAGCACAUGAUAAAUGACAAGUUGAUUUUUAGACAAAUUCAUUCCCUGUGCGUGUUUACCAUUGUGAUUCGAAAAUGAGCUAUCCAAACGGACCUCUCCUCCCUCACCAAUCCCUGACCCACAAGACUUUCCCCGACAACACCUCAACAGCGCCGCUCUCCGUAGCAGUCGAUUCUCGUUUCGCUUCCGGGAAUGUUGUGGUGGAAUCAAUUAAUUUAGUAGAAGAUGACUGUGCCUCUUCUACCUCUACCUCGACUAACAAGAAAAAACAACUACACUUCGAUCUCGCCAUCGGCGCUGAUCCACACCGAAGCGUGAAGCACCCAAACAAGGCCACCUAUUGGUUCUAUUUUGCUAUCGAAGUAGUUGAUGAUUGCAAGGCCAACAAGAACAUUCCAACAGAUUGCUUCUUCCGAUUACGAGUUCGUAAAAACGAAAUCGACUCAUGGCAAGGAUUCAAAGUCUGCGUGUCUGAAGAUAAUACAAACUGGCACAGACUCGAGGACUCUAGUACUGUUGUGGACAAAGCGUCGUCGACUGUAUGUUGGCGGAUUUCGAUACCAAGCACUUCGGGUUCGGAGCUGGCUGGUCAAAAUAAGCUGUGGUUUGCCUAUUAUCCGCCAUACACCAGUCAGGAGCACUUAACGCGUUGGUUAGGCAAAGUGGAAAGAGAAAAUAUCUUCGAGCAGUCUUGUCGUGAUGAGAAGAAGAUGCCAGUAUUGACUCUGAAGAGGCCUUGCGCAACCGCCACGUCGUCCAAACGCACGAUUUGGAUUGUAGCUCGUCAGCAUCCUGGAGAAAGCAUAGCAAACUGGAUGUUAGAAGGAUUUGUGGAAUCCUGUAGUUCUGCAUGGAGGAAGAGAGCAAGUGUGACGCCGGCCUAUAGUGCAUCUGAAAAGACAACCGUAACGACGCAAGAAGAAGAUUUCUUUUUCACCCACUACACCCUAAAAGUCAUCCCCAUGGCCAACCCCCGGGGCGUUGACGCUGGCUUUUGGUAUACUACCCCAGAGGGGGUCAAUAUGAAUGCCGACUGGAACUUUCUAAAUUCCGUGGAGACGGGUUUGAUUACACGAUUGCUAUCCUUGGAUUCCGGCGUGAUUCAUCUCGAUUUUCAUGGUGACGAAUCGGUGGGGAACAACAAACAUUUCACGUCAAGAGCUAGCUUUUGUGGGUCGCCUAUAGCUUCUUGCUUGAUUGCCUCUACGAAUAUCAGCACGAUAUCCUCUAUGCCUAGUUUUGAACUAGGAAAAAUGGACGUCGUGGACGACAAAGAUAGUUGUGGUAAAGGGGACAAUCACAACGAUGGUGGACUCACUCCUUCGACGUCAUCACCCGCAACGAGUGCCUGUUCGACCUCUUCAGCUAGUUCUCUGACAAGCAUCGAGAACGGCGAAACCGAAAGGUUUACUGUUCGGAGCAAGAAGUCGACUACCCGUAAGAAUUCCACCGCUAUGGCAUUGCGAGCACGACUUACGAAUGGUUCCGAGUGUGUGAAAAACCAUACAAGUUGUACAAGUAUGCCACCCAUUAAAAAAACGAUGAGCAAAAGGACACUGAGGAAAGAACCCCAAAAUACCCCUCUUUCCCCAAAAGCACGCUUGAAUGCCAUGCAUGUUGCCGAAGCAAACGACCUCUUGGUUCUGGCAGGGUCUGCUACACCAACGUUUUCAACAAAGAUGCGAAAAAGGAAAAGUUGUCCUCAACAAGAAUCAUGGCAAUCACGUAUGAAAAAACGACCUGUAGGAGCUGCUCGCCAACUGCGGGAACAUGUAUAUGAUGACUUUUACCGCAGAUUCGUCGGAGCACUAGUUAACAGAGAAGGUGAAAAUGAAAACCGAUGGUGGGAUCGUGAACGACGAGGUGAAAGAACGGAUUAUUAUGGCCGGAGAAAACAUAAACAUUGCUAGCAGUAAGGGUUACUUAAAAGAUUUGUUUUUUCUUUCUCCUAUUCUUGGUCAGCAACCUGUUUGAGUAUGUCUUCUAAUUCCCCAAAUCCUCCGGGUGCUUCGACGGUCGAUGGCGCAAUGCGAUUACUAUAGAGGGCUGCAUGAAACACGCAGAUCGAAAAGACGCCAGUCUAGAAGAUGAAGCACGAAGAGCUGGGGCAGAUAUCUUUUCAGCUUUAUGCAAAGUGCUGCCGCAAUUUGGGGCUUCAUUAUAA